AUGUGGAUUAAGCCUUGGCUUGAGAGAAGAAAUGAAUUGGGAGCAUGCGAGACACUAAUGAGAGAGCUAAGAUCGGAAGUUAGGAAGGGGUUUGAGAAUUAUAUAAGAAUGGAUUACAUGCUAUUUGACCAUUGGUUGGAACUUGUGGGACCUACUAUUAGCAAGAAGGAUACCAACUUGCGGGAAGCGAUCCCAGCACAUCACCGUUUAAGUGUAACAUUGCGGGUCCUGGCUACUGGAGAAUCUUACACAAGCUUGGCCUAUCAACAUAGGGUUUCGAAGCAGUCUCUCAGCAGGUUAAUUCCUGAAGUAUGCGAGGCAAUCUACAAUAGCCUAAAAGAUGAGUACAUGAAGAUUCCGUCAACACAAGAUGAGUGGACGAAAGUUUCCAAUGAUUACUUCCAAAAAUGGCAGUUUCCAAAUUGUAUUGGGUCCAUAGAUGGAAAACAUAUCAGUAUGCAGUGUCCUCCAAAAUCCGGUUCCUAAGUAAUUACA